CCGGCGUUCACCACCUCCGGACACUCUCUUCGUACUCUAUCUUGCAAUAAGACCUACCCAGGAUGUCUGACGACGGUUACGGAGGAGGUGGCGGUGGCGGUGACGACUAUGACUACGAUGGGCCAGGAUUCAAUGGAGACGCUUUCGACGAAAACUACGACGCGCUUGGGAACGAGGGUGGCGAGGCAGAAGCCGUAGAAGGCGAUGGCCAAGUGAACGGCUUCGAGGGUGCGAAUGGCGCGGAACCGGACCAAGAUAUGGCAAAUGGUGAACCCUCGCAACAAGCAGAGGCACAAACCGGUGCAGGAUUGCAAGGGGAACGGCAGGCGAAUAAAGUGAGGGUGACGACGCCGUACUUGACCAAGUACGAGCGUGCACGAGUACUCGGGACAAGAGCACUGCAGAUUAGCAUGAACGCUCCUGUACUCGUUCCUUUGGACGGCGAGACGGAUGCUCUUCAGAUCGCCAUCAAAGAGCUCUCGCAACGAAAAAUUCCGCUCAUCAUCCGGCGGUACCUGCCGACGGCAGCUUCGAGGAUUGGAGUGUGUCUGAGCUGAUCAGCGAUUGAUGUUAUGGGGCAGGGAUUUCCGUUCGCUCUCGGUG